AUGAUCGCCACUGGAGGCCUCCUGAGGAUCUCGGCCAGGAAACAGGACCCCCUGGGACCCCAAAGCCAGCCCCCCAAACGCAAACGCAAACCCAGAAAGAAGCGCAAGAACGACGUGGUGGUGGUGAAGGGCAAGCUGAAGCUGUGCUCCGUCUCGGGGCUCAUCGCUCUCUGCGGCAUCCUGGUGCUGCUGGUGGGCAUCGCCUUGGCCGUGGUGGGCUAUUGGCCCAAACCCAGCCCCGUCUACCGGGAGGGCAGCUUCGGGGGGAGCAAACACCUGCCCGCGCAGGGCGGCGCCACCAAAAACCGCUCCAGCCGGGGCCAGCCGGGGGCGCAUGGGGGAUCCCACCCGGACACCCCUAGAGCCAACUCCUCCUCCUCCAGCAGCAGCAGCCGGGGGUCCCCACGCGCCGCGCCGGCCCCUUCUUCGGUGGGUUUCCUCUUCCAGCUCUUCUCGGGCUACCUGCACUCGGACAAGCUCAAGGUGCUGGGCCCCCUGAUCAUGGGCAUCGGCAUCUUCCUCUUCAUCUGCGCCAACGCGGUGCUGCACGAGAACCGCGACCGCAAGACCAAGAUCAUCAACCUGCGGGACCUCUACUCCACCGUCAUCGACGCGCACAGCCUGCGGGCCAAGGAGGGCGGGGGCCCGGCCGCCGCCCCGCUCAAUGGCUUCGUCAGUUACGUGCAGCAGGCCCGGGGGCUGGGCGGCGGCGGCAGCGGGGGGGAAGCCUUGGGCGCCGCGGCCAGGCUGGCCCAGAGCUCCUGGCCCCCGGCCCUGGGCGCCCCCGCGCCCCGCUGCUCCUCCUUCUCCGCCUCCCCGCCCAGCCUGGCCGAGGCCGUCUACAGCAUCUACCGGGAGCGAGCCGCCCUGGCCGGCCGCCCGCUGGGCGCCGCCACCCCUCCCUGCAGCCCCGCGCCCAGCUGGGGCCGGCGCAGCACCGCCAGCUCCCUGGUGGGCUCCUCACUCAGCGCCUUUACCCUGCUGCCCCUGGGCCAGGCCGAGGGCACGGGCGGGGAGAGCUGCGGCUGGCGGCGGCCGCCGGGCGAGCCCGGGGCCAGGGCGAGCCCGCGGGGCGAGUUCGAGCUGAGCCUGAGCGAGCUCGGCAGCGGCAGCCCCCUAGGGCCAGGGCAGGGGCGCAGGCACAAGCGGGUACUGAGGCGCCAGAGCACAAGCUGCCUGCCUGACGCCAGGCGGCCCCUCUCCCCUGGCCCCCCUCAGACUCGGGCUAGCAGCAAGGAGCUGGACUCCACCAGCCUUUUAGCCAAGGCUGCUUCUUCCACCUACUCCAGAUCUCUGGAUCUGGGCGGCUCGCCUCCCUUCACUCCGCCUGGGGUCAGGAGAGGCUCCAAGUCUGACCCAUCCAGCAGCAAUAAGGGCUACACGCACCUGGAGGAGGCAGGCACCUCCAUGGAGUCUAUUGCCAACACCCCCGCCAGUAAAACCCAGGACUGUGAGGAGGACCCAAAAGGGGAGAUCGGCCCCCUAGAGGGAGCCAGUAAAGAACAAACAGUGCAGCAACCUCAGCAAAUUCAGAGACAAUAUACAAAUAAAGAGAAGCUCUUCAUGAUUUCCAGGUCGCACGCCACGGCAGGGCUGGAGGAUGGGGAACUGGAAAGCACGGGCGUUUGA